AUUUAGCUUCUCUAAAACUUUUGGAUCUGCUAGGCAUUUUGAUCUCAUAGGAGUGGCAAAUAUGGCCUCUUUAAGGCCAUGCCUUUUUUUCAUUCUUCUCUGCAUUUCGAUAAUUAAUCAUGCACAUUCCAAGAAUGUUCGCAAGACUUACAUUGUCUACAUGGGAGAUCAUCCUAAGGGCAUGGACUCCACUUCUAUACCUUCUCUUCAUACGGCCAUGGCUCAAAAAGUUCUUGGCAGCGAUUUCAAACCAGAAGCCUUACUUCACAGCUACAAGAACUUUAAUGCAUUCGUCAUGAAGUUAACAGAAGAGGAGGCUGAAAGAACGGCAGAAAUGGAGAACGUUAUCUCAGUUUUCCCAAACUCCAAGAAGAGUCUUCACACAACAAGAUCCUGGAACUUCAUAGACUUUCCCCAGAAUGUCAAAAGAGAAACUAGAGAGAGUGACAUAAUUGUGGGAGUACUGGACUCGGGAAUUUGGCCGGAGUCUGAGAGCUUUAGUGGCAAAGGAUUUGGUCCUCCACCUAGCAGAUGGAAAGGAUCAUGUCAUAACUUUACCUGCAACAACAAAAUAAUUGGCGCAAAGUACUUCAAUCUGGAACACGAGUUUGCGAAAGAGGAUAUAAUAUCUCCCAGGGAUGCUGAAGGUCACGGAUCACACUGUGCAUCGACAGUGGCCGGAAAUUCAGUUAACUCAGUGAGUCUAUUUGGGUUAGCUUCAGGGGCUGCCCGCGGAGGAGUUCCAUCUGCCCGAAUUGCUGUCUACAAAGUAUGUUGGAAAGAACAUUGCCAUGAUGAUGACAUUCUUGCAGCAUUUGAUGAAGCUAUUUCUGAUGGAGUAGACAUUAUUUCUAUUUCAAUAGGACCACGUAUUGUACACUACUUUCCGUAUUUUCAAGAUCCCACCCAUAUAGGAAGUUUCCAUGCAAUGAAAAGAGGCAUCUUAACGUCAAAUUCUGGCGGUAAUGAGGGUCCGUCUUUUUCCUCUAUGUCAAAUCUAGCACCCUGGUUACUUUCGGUGGCGGCUAGCUCUUUUGACAGGAAGAUUGUAACCAAGGUGCAGUUGGGCAAUGGAGCUGUUUAUGAGGGGGUUUCAAUUAACACAUUUAAUCUUAAGAAAAAAUUGUAUCCACUUAUUUACGGUGGAGAUAUACCCAACAUUGCUGGUGGACAUAACAGCUCCACAUCGAGGUAUUGCAUACGGAACUCUUUGGAUAAAGAUUCAGUGAAGGGAAAGAUUGUUCUGUGUGAAAUAACUCAUGGUACAGACAUCGAUUCUUUAUCUGGGAUUGGGGCAGUUGGUGUUAUAUUGGGAAGUAAUAGCCCUCAAGAUUCGGCCAGUGCAUUUGUCCUGCCUGCUGCGAUCCUUUCUCCAUGGAACCAAAGACUCAUCCAUUCUUACAUAACUUCAACCAGAAAUGCUACGGCCACAAUAUUUAAGAGUGAAGAAAUAAACGAUGGAUUAAUUCCUUUCGUAGCUUCGUUCUCAUCAAGAGGUCCAAAUCCAAUAACACCGAAUACUCUAAAGCCUGACAUUGCUGCCCCUGGAGUUGAAGUUAUAGCUGCAUGGUCUCCAGUUAGCCCAAUUUCAGAUGUUAAAGGAGACAAAAGAAAAGUACAAUAUAAUGUAAUCUCUGGCACUUCAAUGGCAUGCCCUCAUGCUUCUGCAGCAGCUGCAUAUAUCAAAUCAUUUCACCCUAAUUGGUCUCCUGCUAUGAUCAAGUCUGCGUUGAUGACUACUGCUACUCCAAUGAGUCAUGUUCUUAAUCCCGAGGCUGAAUUUGCAUAUGGAGCGGGCCUAAUUAAUCCUGUUAAGGCUGCAAAUCCUGGUUUAGUAUAUGAUAUUAGUGAAGCUGAUUAUAUCAAAUUCUUAUGUGGAGAAGGGUAUACAGAUGAAAUGCUUCGAAACCUCACCAAAGAUCAUAGUAGUUGCAAAGUACAAGCUAGUAAGAGAGCGGUAUACGAAUUAAACCUCCCAUCAUUUGCUCUUUUUACGAACCACUCAACUUUUAGUCGUGCUUACUUCAGAACAGUUACAAAUGUUGGAUCAGCAACGGCUACUUAUAAAGCCCGUGUAAUUGCUUCACCUUUGUUACAAAUUCAAGUGAAACCUAGUACUCUUUCCUUCACGUCUAUUGGACAGAAAAAGUCAUUCUCACUCAUAAUUGAAGGGAUAACUAAUCUGGAUAUAAUUUCCGCUUCUUUGAUUUGGGAUGAUGGUAGUCAUCAAGUUAGAAGCCCAAUUGUAGUGUAUGGUAGAAUGGGAAUGUAAUAGAGUUGAUUGAUCCCAAGUGUGUGGAACAAGAUAAAAUAAAUUGAAAUGCAAGUUGAAUAAUGAUGUUUGUAAGUCUAGGAAGAAAUGAAUGCAAAUAAGCUCACUACCGUGAGCCUUUUCUCCUA